UGUAGUCGACCUCUGCAGUAAGCGUACUUCCUUUAUUUUGCUCCAACCUACCAAUCUUGUCUCCGCAAUCAUGAAGGCCAAGGCAUAUUCCGCCCUUCAGAAAACCUACGAUCAAGCAUUCCUCAUCCGCUCCACAGCUGUCUACUACGAAGAUCAAGGAAAUGAGGUAGAAGCUUUACGAUGCUGGCGCGAGUGUCUUGGUCAACUCCAAGGCCAUAAUUCCGCGGGUCAUCGCCCUCGCUCAGAAACAGAACGUACCUUGUUGAGGUCGCUCAAAGCAAUGCAGGAUCAGUGCCAGGAGCGAUCGGAACUACUGCAAACAUUAUUGAUCAGUCGAGUGGAGGCGGAGAAUAACGGACAGGGCUGGAGGAAUAAGGACGCAGAUCCGGCGACGUCCAGCCUACAAGCUGCUAUUACAGCUGGGAAUGUUAAACCGGCCGUCUUACCUAUACCCUAUCCACUUCCGCCCCCGGUUCCCCCCAGGAGACUGCCUUCGUCCGGUUCUUCGUCCGUUCGAGAUACAUCGAGGGUCAUUCCUCCAUCUCUUCAUCCCGCUAGUGCCCCGCCGCCCAAUAUCACCCAUUCCUCUUCAUCUCGGACACCGAGCCCGGAGAAAAGAGCUUUCCUAUCCACACUACGGCCUACACGCAAACAGAAGAAGACAGAUUCGAGGAUCAUAAAUGACGGUCCGGAAGCUGCUGCAAAGGCUGCUACGCUGGCUUGGAGCUCCCUAUCGCGAGCCGAGGGUGCGCACCUCUCACGAGCGAUGGCGGCGCCGUCCACUGACCCCCUACCAGUCCGACAGAGCUUCGUCGCUUCGGCUUCAACAACAAACGAUAUAUCGUGUGGACAGCGUGCUUCUACAUUUACAGUACACCGGCGGCCCAGCCCACCUCCUGCCAUGCUGUCCCGUACUGGCCUAUCCGGGAUUAGGUCUCGCCCUAAUAGCUCUAUCCUUCCGUUAGGCAACCCGCCAUGUCCGGGGGAUAGCAUGCCUCCGGCACCACCACACGGGCACGUCCCACCUUCAACCGACAAUAUGCGCACCUCGCAUCUACUUCACCGGGAGCUUCUGCAAGCCCUGCAGACACCGGCUGAGACCGCACAUUGCUACUCAUGCGCUGGUUCCCAGAGUGCCCCAACCUUCGCACCAAGAGUUCCCCCAAAGCCUGCCAAGUCUAAACGUCUUUCUCGUGUAAAUAAUAGCAAACCCGUAAUACCUACACCCGAGCUGGAAUCCAAAGAGGAUUCGGAUUCAGAGUACUACAAACCUCCUACGGCUACGAACUCCCGGAAUACUAUUCACCAACCCGCCGCACCAAGCGGGGGGGAUAGAUCGACCGGUCCCCCCACGCCAUCUCCGGAGGAGGAAAAGCUGAUCACGUCUACUGGAGGAGAGGAGGCGCUCCCUCCCCCAGAGAAUACGCUUGAUGGGCGGGUAGCGAAGGCUUUGGAAAGUAUUGGUAGGGGGGUGGAUAUGAAUGCAGCAAUGCAGGUCGCAAAUGAAAUUGUCGUUAAGGGGGAUGAAGUUCAUUGGGAUGACUCUACCCAUUUCUGCGACCAGAUCUAUUCAGCGGUCUGCGAGAGCCGGCACGGGGGAUGCUCCUAUUUGGGCCUCCGGGAACUGGGAAAACCAUGCUUGCCAGAGCUGUCGCAACGGAGUCCAAGUCUACGUUUUUCUCCAUUUCUGCCUCUUCACUUACAUCUAAAUAUGCAACUUGGCGAGUCGGAGAAACUCGUCCGGGCGCUCUUCGCUCUCGCGAAGGCAAUGGCACCCAGCAUCAUCUUUGUCGAUGAGAUCGACUCCCUACUAUCUUCAAGAAGCGGCCCAGGCGAACACGAAGCGACCCGAAGAAUCAAAACCGAAUUCCUAAUUCAGUGGUCCGACCUCACGAAGGCUGCUGCGGGGAGGGAGUCUGCUGAGGGAGACGCAUCCAGAGUGCUUGUUCUCGCUGCAACCAACUUACCCUGGGCAAUCGACGAAGCCGCCCGCCGGCGGUUCGUUCGACGACAGUAUAUACCGUUACCCGAGGAUGAUACGAGAAAAAAGCAAUUGAAGAACCUUCUCGGACGCCAGAAACACCACCUCAGCGCUGAAGACAUCGAGAGGCUGAUUGAGCUCACUCAAGGCUUCUCCGGCUCAGACAUAACCGCCCUGGCAAAAGACGCGGCAAUGGGCCCGCUCAGAAGCCUCGGCGAGGCACUGCUGCAAAUGCAAAUGGACGAUAUUAGGCCGAUCACGUUCGAGGACUUCGAAGCGAGUCUUAUGUCAAUAAGGCCGAGUGUGAGUAAAGAAGGAUUGCGGGCGUUUGAAGAUUGGGCGACGAAGUUUGGGGAGCGGGUUUAA